CGGUACGCAUUCAAACGGUGUGCGUAAUGGCUUCCCGAUGGAGUAAGUGAAUUUAGAUGCUCCGUCUCUUCUGCUUUUAAUUUGACCAUAACAAACGGAUAACGUCGAGACGUCUGAGCUAAAAAUGGUUUAUAUUCAUCCAGAGACGCAGCCUAACACGAAAUCUAACAGCGUGAAGUGAUUAACCAACGUUUUAGGUUGAGGCCUGUUCGGUGCCCUGCUGGUCAUGGCGAUGAAGGCCCGUGUGGAGGCGGUUCUGAACGUGGGUCUGCGGAUCCCCAGCAUCAUGCUGUUAGAGGUGCUGUACCGCUGGGACGUCAGCUCCUUCUUCCAGAAGAUCCAGAGGAGCAGUCUCAACAAUAACCCUCUCUUCCAGUACAAAUACAUUGCCCUGUACCUGCAUUAUGUCGGCUACAUCCUCAGUCUGGUGUUGUUGACUUUACCCCGGCAGCAUCUGGUGCAGCUCUACCUCUAUGUGCUCACAGCUCUUCUGCUCUUUGCUGGACACCAGCUCUCCAGGGAUUACGUACGUGGAGAGCUGGACUCGGGUUACGAGGGACCCCUCUACCUGGAACCACUGUCCAUGAACCGCUUUACCACAGCACUCGUCGGUCAGGUCGUGGUGUGUACGCUGUGUUCCUGCGUCAUGCAGACCAAACAGAUCUGGCUGUUUUCUGCACACCUGCUCCCCCUAGUGGCUAGACUGUGCCUCGUGCCCCUGGAGACCAUUGUCUUCAUCAACCGCUUCGCUAUGAUCUUCACUGGUCUUGAGGUGCUCUACUUCAUCGCCUCCAACCUGCUGGUGCCGUACAAUCUGGCCAAAACUGCCUACAGAGAGCUGGUGCAGGUGGUGGAGGUGUAUGGUUUGCUGGCUCUGGGCAUGUCUCUGUGGAAUCAGCUGGUUCUGCCUGUUCUCUUCAUGUGCUUUUGGCUGGUGCUGUUUGCACUGCAGAUCUACACCUACUUCAGCACACGGGACCAGCCGCCCUCCCGAGAGAGGCUGCUCUUCCUGUUCCUCACCAGUAUCGCUGAAUGCUGUAGUACUCCUUACUCUCUGCUGGGGCUGGUCUUCACUGUGUCUUUUGUGGCGCUGGGCGUCCUCACCCUCUGCAAGUUCUACCUACAGGGUUACAGAGCUUUCAUGAAUGACAAUGCCAUGCACAGGGGCAUGACGGAGGGUAUCACUCUGCUGAUCUUGGCUGUUCAGACUGGGCUCAUUGAGCUGCAGGUCAUUCACAGAGCUUUCCUCCUCAGCAUCAUCCUCUUCGUCGUGGUGGCUUCCAUCCUGCAGUCUAUGCUGGAGAUUGCUGACCCUAUAGUUCUGGCACUGGGGGCCUCCAGAGACAAGAGUCUGUGGAAGCACUUCCGAGCAGUGAGUCUAUGUCUUUUCCUGCUGGUCUUCCCUGCUUACAUGGCUUACAUGAUCUGCCAGUUCUUCCGUAUGGACUUCUGGCUGCUCAUAAUCAUCUCCUCCAGCAUCCUCACGUCACUGCAGCCCGUUGCUAAGGGAAGAGCACAUCUACAACGGAGCUACACCAUGACUAGCACAGUUCUUGGUACACUUCUGAUCUACAUCCUCUUCAUGGUGGAAGAGUUUCGUAAGGCUCCUGUUGAGAACAUGGAUGAAGUCAUCUACUGUGUCAAUGGGACCUACCGGCUCCUGGAGUUUCUGGUGGCUGUCUGCGUGGUGGCCUACGGUGUCUCAGAGACCCUCUUUGGAGAAUGGACUGUAAUGGGCUCCACCAUUAUCCUGGUUCACUCCUAUUAUAACGUGUGGCUAAGGGCUCAGCUGGGCUGGCAGAGCUUCCUGUUGCGCAGAGAUGCAGUUCACAAGAUCCAAAGCAUGCCCACUGCUUCCGCAUUACAACUCCAGCAACAUAAUGACAUCUGUUCUAUAUGCUUUCAGGAUAUGAAGUCUGCUGUCAUCACGCCAUGCAGCCACUUUUUCCACGCUGCCUGCUUGAAGAAGUGGCUGUACGUGCAAGAAACCUGUCCUCUGUGCCACGGCCAGCUCAAAAGCCAAUUACAGCCAACGAGCUCUCCAGGAGUUGCCAACCAGAACCCAGCAGAGGUGGAACAGGAGCAGGGUGAACCACAGGGUGAGCUGGACACUGAGGAAGGCACCCAAGCAAAAAACACUCCUCCCAUGAAAGCCUCAACCGAGCCAGAGCUUGGAACAGACUUGCUAUCGGAGAGCUCGAAAAUCCAGCCCAAAGAAUGUGAUAUAGCGGCAGAGAGCAGCAUCAGCCCAGAUGGUGGUUUAAAUGAUGAUGGUUUGUGCACGUCAGAUGUCCAUUCCUCUUCAUGAGCAAAUGACAACCCUCAACUCUUAUCAGCCUGUUAGGUGUCACUACAGACACUUCAUAUUGCCAAUGUUGAGGACUCCAUUAGAAGUCGAUAGGGAUGGUUUACCCUAAAAUGAAAGUUCUGUCGUCAUUUACUCACUCUUGACGUUCCAAACCCUUUUUGUGGAACACAAAAGAAGAUAUUUAGAAAUUAGUUCCAGCUGCUCUUUUUCAUAUAAUGAAAAGAAGACAAUGGCUGUUAACAUGGAAGCUUGUUCCCACCACAGAAUAAAAAAUAAUUGCUACUAAUUAUCUGACAAUUUGGACUUUCUCACAAUUCUAAAAAACAAGUCAAAAUUGCAAAAUAUUAACUCUCAAUUCUGAGUUUACAUCUAUUAUUAUUAUUUUUUUUUUUUGUAUGUUUGUUUCCACCAUGGAAUAAAAAAGGUUUAUAUUGUGAGUGUAAUCUUAAAUUUACAAGUCAGCAAUUCUUUUUUUUUUUUUUUUCUGUGAAUUCUCACAAUAUUUUUUUUCUGCAAUUGCCACUUUUUAAUCUCACAAUUAUGCGUUUAUAUCUCACAGUUGACUUUUUCUCAGAAUUGCGAAUUUAUAUCUCGCCAUUGCAAGUUAAUAUUCUGCAGUCUUUUUUUUUUUUUUUUUUUUAAGUUUACAUCUUACAAUUUUUUUCGGCCACAGAUAACAAAGAUAAUUGCGACUUUUUAUCUCGCAAUUGUGAGUUUAUAUCUUGCAAUUGCAAGUUAACAUUCCACGGUUAUGACUUUGUUUUCCUCUGAAAUCUGAGUUUGCAUUUCGCAGUUUUUUUUUUUUCAUGACAGAAUGAAAAAGUUAAUUGCGACUUCUUUCUCAAAAUUGUGUAUCUCACAAUUUGUUUCUGGAGUUGCGAGUUUAUCUUGCAAUAAUAGAAGUCAGCGGAAAAAGUCAGAAUUGUGAGAUAAAGUUGCAAGUAUGUUUUUAUUUUUUUUUAUUUUUUUUUAUUCCAUACUGUGAAAAUAUCUCCAUACAAGUAGUUUAUACAAUUCGAAGUAACCUGAAGCUUGGAUUACUUUGUGUAGGGAACAGACGAAUAUGAAGUUGUUACUUAAAAUAUUAAAACGUUUUUUUAAUUAAUUUUUUUUUUAUAUAAUCUGCUAAACUUCUCCUUUUGUGUUCCACAAAAGGACAUUGUACGAAUUUGAAAUGGCAUGAGUGAAGGAUGACACUGUUUAGACUUUUGGAAUGAACUGUCCCUUUAGGUUGGUCAUGUGUCUCUCAGCUCACGGAUGCAUUUCAUAUGAUCUGUUCACAUUAUUGCUGGUCAAAGACAUUUCAGACUACUGCCCUACACAGACAAAACAUAGUAACUACACAGUUUGUUUGUGUUAAAAUUGAGUUACUAAAAUAGGCUCUUAAAAACUGAUAUCUGUGACAACUAUGCUCAGAUUCAGAAAUUGAAUCAAGAAACCUUUUUUUCUCCAUUUGAGUGCUGGUGUAGGUACAGCGUUUCGCCUUUGUAGGGCGGAAUAGUUUUCAGUAUGCAUCCAUUUGAUUGAAAAUGAAAAUCAUCUCUAUGGAGGUAAUGGAUGAGUCUUGAUUCUUACGCUAUACUAUUUUGUAGAAGUGUGUGUGUGUGUGUAUAAAUAUGUUUUGGAAGCGCAUCCCAAAUGAGCCACUGUAAAAUCCAGACCCUGGCAAAGUCAAACUGAGGAAUGUUAUUUAAAGUGCCAUUGAGCCAGUUGAUCUAUGUUUUACAGCGCGCCUCUCGUUAUUUACCCCAGUUUUAAAGGGAUGUCUGAGGCUGGGCGGCUUUUUUCAUCUAAGUAUUUGUCACUCUUUACCAUGUGUCAGAAAUAAUGUUAAACCAUCACUGCGGAAAACGUUAAGUUGUCAGUUUGGCAGUUGACUUGAUUCCUGGAAGCGAGAAUUUUCAAAAGCAUAUUGCAGACUACAUAGACUAAACCUAUUUUCUGGUUUUAAAGAACAUUAGUGGGUAGACAAUCAAGUCAAUUUUUUUUUUUUUUUUUUUUUUUUUAAUUCUGUGGAUGUUCCAUUAAGGCCAUCUUGCGUUUGCCCACAGUAAAACUGGCAUGUUUCUUUCAGUGAGUGAUGUUUAGUGUUGAAUCUCAAAAUCAAGCUGCAUUUCAGGAUUUGUUCCUUUUUUUUUUUUUUUUUUUUUAUUCUUGAAAGGUGUGAGUUUCACCUUAAUAUUGGCUGUUGACAGUUUAUAUCAUCAACAGCACUUCAUGUAGUCGUUGCAGACUUAUUUUGCCAUUCUUUUCUGUCAACAGAACACUCCGUUUUGUUUGCCAGAGAUGUCAUGCCAUACUAUGUUUGCACUAAUGUCAUUUAUAGCGAAUAAUAAUAUUUGGUCUUGUUGGGCAACAAAUGCUUACAGAGCAGAUGAAGUAUAGCUCAUUAUAAAUGUGUACAUAUAUGGGCAAAUAUAUUCCUUUGUAUAUUCUUUUAUUGUGUUUUUGAUAUGCCACACAGUGUUAAAGCAGCAGUGAACAUUAUGAAGUGUCUUGAGGACCGUGUGAACACUCUCAAAAGUGGGAUUGAUCCUGAGGACACAGAUUUGUUUUGUGUUUUUGCUGUUUUUUUUUUAAAGAUGCAUUUCAGAAUUGCAAAUUUGUGUGCAUGAAUACAUCUGAUGUAUGAGCAAACACAAAUGACAUUUGAAACAUUCUGUGUCAAGUAGUUUUUGCACAAUUUUCUUGAAAGAAAAUAAAUUGAAAUGUAGCUAGAACAAA